AUGGGUCUGAUGAUGAACCUCAUAUUCCCUUUGUUCCUUUCUUCGUUUCUGAUUAUUAUUGCCUCUGCUACUUAUUAUCCAAAUGUUGACAAUAAUAAUAAUAAUAAUCAUGAUGAUGAUCAGAGUGCUACUGUAUUUAAGUCACCUCAUCAUCAUGUGAAUUACCUAAAUUUUGAUCAUCUCUUUGAUCAUCUGAAGCCACAAGGAACACAAAAGGUUGUUGAUCCAAUAGUAGGAGGAGUAAUCCCCCCCAUCAUUCAUACCAUUGGGAUUCAAGGAGUUAUUCUUUGCCAAACAGCACAUCAUGAUACAUACCUUCCAAUUCAAGGAGCCGUGGCAAGAGUAACAUGUUGUCCAAAUUACUCAUCAUCAUCAUAUGAGAAUGAGAAUGAGAAUGGAGAAAAAUACUACAAAGACGUUCCUUCAUCCAUAUUGAGCUACGAAAGUGACACACAUGGUUUCUUCCUGGUCAAGUUAUCAGUUUCACAGCUCACAACUGGGUUGAAUGUCAAGGAAGAUUGCAAGGUAUUCCUCGAAUAUUCUCCACUUCAGACCUGUAAUCUCCCAACCGAUCUUAACAAUGGAGUCACUGGUGCAAAUCUUUCUUUCUUGAAUGCUUACAAAGGCAUGGUUUUCUACGCUUUGGGAGGAGGUCCUCUCAUCUAUACCUCUAAAACUAAUUACAACAGUGAUCACCAAUAUUCAGCCCCCACUCCUAGAUAUUAA